AUGGCAUCUGGUCGUCGCACCACUCGAUCUACUGCUCAAAGACAAACAUCUUCCUUUAAGCCACGUGGAGUUACUCGCGGCUUGACAACUACAACUAUAGCUAAGGCAUCAUCAACUGGAAAGUUGUUAGUGACUUUUAAUGCAGAGUGUCGUCAACCAAUUUGUACUAAUGCUGAGAAAUUUAAUAAUGAGAUUGGAUUCAUUAUUCGGAAUCAUGGUACAUUUCAUUAUAAAGAGUGGAGAAUGGUCCCAGAAGAUGUGAGAGCUCCAUUGCGACACUAUCUUUUGGAACAUUUUGACAUCAACUUGAAUGAUGAGACAACUAAAAAAUGCAUUGAUGAGCAAAUGAGAAAAGCUUGGAAGGGUCAUAAGUACAAGCUGCACUUAUAUUUCAAAGAAAUUGGAGGAGAAAAUGAUCUUGAGAUGGCCAAGAGCAAACGUCAUCCAGACUUAAAAGAAGAACAUCAAGAAGAUUGGAUGAUUUUGUGUGAUCGUUGGUGUUCUCCUGAAUUUAAGGAAAGAGCAUUAAAGAAUACUACCAAUCGAUAAAAGAGGAAACGGGAGUCGAAAAAUGGUUCAGUCUCCACACCACGACAUCACAUUCGACGUGGAAUGGUGUUAACUUCUCCUACCGGUCAAAUUGAGACAUGGCGUCUAAAACAUUAUGAUGCUGAGAAAGGGUGGACUGGAAUAGAGCUCGGGCCAUUAUAUG